UAUGAUUUUGAUUAGAAAAUUCUAUCUGAAAGACAAGUCUUACAAAUUACAAAAAAAAAACUGUCGAAAAGCAAAAGCAUUUAUUUUUUGUUUUAAAAGCGUAUCAAAUUUUGACUAUAAAAAUUUGUGGUAAAGACACAAAAUGGCAAAACAUCAUCCGGACUUGAUAUUUUGCCGAAAACAGCCAGGCGUCGCUAUCGGCCGCCUGUGCGAGAAAGACGAUGGCAAAUGUGUUAUUUGCGACUCGUAUGUGCGACCGUGCACGCUAGUUAGAAUCUGCGACGAAUGCAAUUACGGUUCGUACCAGGGCCGUUGCGUUAUUUGCGGUGGUCCCGGAGUGUCUGACGCUUACUACUGUAAAGAAUGUACUAUCCAAGAGAAAGAUAGAGACGGAUGUCCGAAAAUUGUCAACUUGGGUAGUUCCAAAACCGAUCUAUUUUACGAACGCAAGAAGUUUGGAUUCAAGAGACGGUAGCGCUGUGUAUACUUUUAUAUUACCUAAUUAUAUUAUUAUGUCAUUCCUUUUUUUUUUUUAACAUUAAUAAUAUAAUAAGUGUAUUUAAAUAAAAAUAAGUAAUUUUACAAUAUUAUGUACUACUGAAAAACAAAGGUGUAAAAUUUAAUCUUAAAGUCGAUUCAAAAUAUAAAGUUUUGUAUUUUUUUUUCA